CGCGACAGUUGGUUUUCUCCGCUGGACGCCGCGGGCGGAGGAACGCCGACAACGAGGACCCAAGAAUUUAGUCUUGGUGAACCCUAGUUCUUCGAUCCUUUUCCCAUGCGAAGGCGAUGGGAGCUCUUGUCUCGUGCUUUUCCGAUGCCGGGGAGGGGAGACGGCCGCAGCAUCAGCGCCGCCGGCAGGCGGUGAACCCCCCACCGGGCCUGUCCGCGGAGGUGGCGGCGGCGAUUGGGCUCGCUUCGAACGACCGGAGUGGCAAGGCACGGUCGUUGAGGAAGGGCCGCGGCGAGGAGUUGCUGACCCACGAGCAGGCCCUGGCGGCGGCGAUCCUCUUGCAGCAGAGCAGCGGCGACGGCACCGGCACCGGGACCGUGCCCUUCGAUAGGUCGACGUCUCUGAGAUAUCCUGGCCAUGGUCAGAAAAAACAGGGUCUGCCUAGGAGCUCGAGCUCGAGGCCGCGGUCUCUCGCUGAUCCGGUCCUGCAGCCCCAGCAGCUCGUCAAUCAGGAUCUAAAGAUUGAUAACUUGGAGACCAAGCAUUUUGUUCUCGUUCAUGGAGGUGGGUUUGGUGCUUGGUGCUGGUAUAAAACUAUAGCACUUCUAGAGGACAGUAGAUUCAAAGUCAGUGCUAUAGACCUCACAGGUUCUGGAGUUAAUUCUUUUGAUACAAAUAAAAUUACAAGUCUUCCAGAACAUGUAAAGCCACUUACUGAUUUCCUUGAAACACUUGGAGAUCUAGACAAGGUGAUUUUAGUAGGGCAUGAUUUUGGUGGUGCUUGUGUGUCAUAUGCGAUGGAAAUGUUCCCUUCUAAAGUUGCCAAAGCCAUUUUUCUCUGUGCAGCAAUGCCAACCAAUGGCCAGAAUACUCUUGAUAUGUUUUCACGAGAGGCAGGUAUGAAUGAUCUGAUGCAACAAGCGCAAGUUUUUGUGUAUGCAAAUGGAAAAGACCACCCUCCUACAGCUAUUGAUCUGGACAGGUCUCUACUGAAAGAGUUGCUGUUUAAUCAGAGUCCAGCUAAGGAUGUGGCAUUGGCUUUGGUGGCCAUGAGGUCUAUUCCCUUUGCUCCAGUGUUGGAGAAACUCUCACUCACGGACAAGAAUUAUGGUUCAGUAAGGAGAUUUUACAUAGAAACCACCGAGGACAAUGCAAUACCCAUUUCUCUACAGCAGAGCCUGUGUGGUGUCAAUCCACCAGAGAAGGUUUUCCGGCUGAAAGGCUCCGAUCACUCACCCUUCUUCUCAAAGCCACAAGCACUGCACAAGCUCUUGGUGGAGAUAUCAUCCAUCCCCUCGAGUCCGACCCAGUGAAUCGUCCAAUCACCAUUGCUGCAGCCGAUUGCCUAAAUCAAACAAGACAUCCAUCACAUGCUUUGACAAAAGGCACAGUCCAAAGUGUUCCAACAACUUGGACUCCUUGAAUCGUGACGGCAAUGGCAAUCAGGCAUCUUAUGUUCUUGUCUGUACACCUGCUCACACCUAUUUGUAGUCCUUUUAACAUAUUUCCUCACAUUAUGCGUUAGGUGGUGAAGUUGAUACAUGAGAAAGGCAUGAAAACUUCUAUGAUGAAAAAGGUUGAUGGCAUGUGAUAAUUCUUCUUUCAGCCCUAUCA